CGUGUCUUGCUGGAUGAUGGAGUUUUCAUUGUCACCACAAUCAGAUGAUCAAGUGGGAGAUGUUGGCAGGUUCUUUGGUGAGGUGGAUGGGCACCUGAUGACUGAGAUGUACAUUCAGGGAGUGUACAGGAGGGAGGAGGCGUAUGAUUUUCAGGCCUCAUGCAGAAAAGAACAGCCUAAAGUUGCCAGUGCGGGGUCGAGGGUAUCUUUUGUGCCAAGACUGAACCUUGCAGAGGCCGUCAACCUUCAGUGGUGGACUACCAAUGCAGCAUGGGCCUACCUACAGCAGAAUGUCUAUGGGAUUCUGUUCUCGACAAGCUCAACCAUGGCUGAGGAGCUGGGAGACGACAGCAGCAUAGACGAGAAUGUGAGCUGUGUCAGGUUGCAGCAUGAGUACUACCUUGGGAACGAUCGUGAGCUCUAUUGGUCUACCGACUGUGGAAACUGCUCCAGAACGAUGACUGCACGACAGCUGAGGUACAGCAAUCUGUUGCUGGUUGUGGCCGACCAAGUAUGCAACAGUUGUAACAACACACCACUCAUCCAGGAACCACAGAAGACAAAUAAUCCAAAUCAAUGUAAAGUAACACCAAGGUACAGGAGAGGUCCAGAAAGAUGUUAUGCCCAUCAUCCAGAUGAGGAUGCCAGUCACUGUGGGGCAGCAGCUUUGGCAGCACCAUCACUGUUUGCAACAAGUAUCCAGCUAGGCUUCCUCCUCUUCAUCAUGAAGCUGUUUGGUGCAACAUGACACUAGAAACCCAAGAAACAAUUUUUUUAUCAAUGUUGCCUUUCAAAUGCAAUAUUCAUACUUCCAAGAAGAUUUAGACUAUGAAUUUCUUACCUCCCAGAGGUAGACCUCACUAACACAAACAGUUUUGAUCAGUAGAUCAAAAAGUAAUUUUGUAAGUAGGCCAGAAAUAGAGGAUUUUGAAAUGCAUCAUGUACACAUGUAUAUAAUAUAUCUGAUGAUUGAGUUUUGCUAGAAGUGAGCGUUUCUGAAAGUUGAGCUAACAAGAUUGCUGUAUGUAGGAAACAAAAAAAAUGUUUUUCAAGUGUGAAAGUAGAGAAUCCUGGAAUUUUUGCCUCUUAAUGACGUCUUAUUAAGGACAAUAUGGAAUCCUGGAUGUCUACCUCAGGACUCUGUGGUUGACACCGGCCCUCUUUUGGGCUGUACUUUCUAACAAAAUUUGGACAGAGCACAGUUGUAGUGUGCCUGCCAAAGGGUUGGUCAACAACACGGAUUUCAGGUGCUGUAAACUUUUCAUUAAAACGAUAGUGUGACAAUGGCAGAUAGCUGUAUCUGAUGUAGCUAGGAACAAAUGCAAAGUAGAAUGUUGCAUCAUUCAAGAGUAUAGUCAGCUUUGCUUCAAGAAUCUAAAAAUUUACCUUCUCCGAUAACAGGAAUACACUUUAGAAUAACUUGCAUACUUUCAAAAUGCUGCUGUAAUUAUAGUAUUUAUAUGAUAAUGCUAAAGAUCUAAGUGAUAUUUUGCUCUACAAUGUACUCAUAUCUCGACUGUGCCAAACAAAAUCAAUAUUGGCAAGCAUGUUACAGGCCCGGGAUGGAGAGGUUAAAUGAAUGUGAGUGGUAUGUUCUACCAUGUUCGCUUUGUAAAUGAUCAGUCUAGUGAAAAUUACAAACUAUCUACGGAGGGUCUGGAUGUAAAUUAUGUAUGGUAUGAGCGGUAAAGUUUCCUGUGUGGAAUGAAUGAACAUGUGGUUCAAGCCAGAAGCUUCUGUUUGCUGACGAAAGCAAAUAUAGAGUUUAAACGUGCAAUAUAGACUGGGCUUUGACAAAGGGGUGAAUGUAUUUCAAAGCAAUAAAAUCUUAUAACAUCACCAAAAGUAGUAUAUUUGGCAGGAGAUUUUAAGAUUUUGUUAUUUAGUUGUUACUCUUAGUUGCAAAACUAUGCAAAGUAUUUAUUUGGAAAGUAUUCUUUUGUAUUGAAUUCCUGGUAUAUAGAGUUUGUAAUAUAUAAACUGAAAGUUUAUUGUGAGGUAUAAUGACAGUAUGCUAUUAUUGUUGACAUGGAUAUACAGAUGAAACAGAUAAUGCUGCCAUCUGACUUGGAGGAAAAUAUUGAUAGCUGAAAGCUUCUGCGGCACUUUCAUUACACAAAGUUUAGUUUUAUGAUACUUGAAGAGGUAUUUUCACUAUGUUAGCAACUGACAAACAUUGGCAUGUACAACUUUGAUGUAUUUUACUUGAUACUGCUUACAAAUGAUCACUCAUGAUAGCUUUAUUGAUUGAACAAAUGUUGUUAACCUUCUCAAAGCUGAAUUAUUAGAAGGAUGACAUAUUAAAAGAUAUGAAAGGAAGCAUUUCUUAAUAUUCAUCCUAGACUGUGCUGCACUGAUGGUAGUUAAAUGUAUGUAAGGUUGUCAAAAUGCAAAUGUCAUGAUGUGUUGGGAUUUUGCACAGUAGAACUUAAGAUAUGCUUUACCAUAGCAAUGAGCUUCCAAUUCUACACUAUCCUUGAUGGAGAUCAGAUUUAAUGACUUUAUAAGGUAAAAUGAUGGAAUUUUAGAUGAUUUGAAAGUGAAGUGUUCUGUGUGUUAGAGCUGUGUGCUGUCCUGAUGAAGAUUUCUAUGAUCUGAUGACUUUUGAGUGUGUUGAUGGUGCUUGACAUUAUGCAUAGUUGAUUAACAUGAUGGUAGACAUAUUAUGUACAUUUAUGAUGCAUUGGUUUAUACUGAGUGAAUUUAUGCUUAAGGGAGAACUUCAAGGUAGAGUACAAAAUAGGGCAACACCAAUUUGAUGAGUUGUUUCUUGUACACUCAAAAAUGAUUUUAGAAAUGUUACAGUUAGUAUCAUAUAUAAUAUCAUAUUUGUAUAAAUCACGAAGUUUCCUUUUGGAGCUUUUUUGUUCACUUCUUUGUCUCCCUGUUUAGCUCACUGUUUCUUUCCCUGACACUUAAGCAUCAUAACUUUUAACUUUACACUUUUGUCAUGAGGCCAUUUAUCAGUACCUUGUCAUUUAGGCAUAUUGCUGCAUUUUCUCCCUUUAGACAUCUACGUGUAAGAAACAGGUCAUUGGAUUGGUGUUGCCUAGCUAGCGUGCAGUGAGAGAAUGUAUCAUAUCGGGACUUAUCCAGUGCUCACAUUGAGCCAAACAGAUUCCAUGAACUAGUUCUGAACCAGCAUAGCAGAGGAUUAGAAAGUGAUAGUGAGGAAAUCAGAUGAUAAGGAGCAAAGACAAGCAAUUUGUAGGACCAUGUAUACAAGCAAAUUUUUCUACUGAACAGUUCUGGAACAAACAUGUCUAUAGCUGUACAAAACUAGUGUAAAAUACCAAACUGUAUUAACUUUUUAGGAACAAUAGGAUUUUAAGUACGGAUUGUUCUUCCAGUUUUGCCAGAUUUGCGCUGAUUUACUGAUUGUUGGCAAUAAAUUCUUGA